AUGGAUGUAUCAUUCAAAGAAUAUCUAAAAGCUGCAAUAAUUCAGAAGACUAUGGAUGUCUUGCAAGCACAACAGGUGAGGUUCUUUGACUUUGUAUAUUUUAUAGUUUGUUUUUCAGAACCUCAACACAACGUACACAAACUACCACAAGGUAUACAAUGUCUCCAAGAGUGAGUAAUCAGGAAAACAUUUGAGGAAACAAUGUUUUUUCGUCCUUUACUUUUAUAGCUGACAGAUCAUGUCCUCAUUAACCAUGUGGACAUCGGAACAUUAGUGAAUAUUUGUGGUUUGACCGUUGGGGAAGCCCUGGUUUUAAAAAACAAAACAAAAGAAUAUGAAGACUUGCAAAUGAAUAAAGACCUAGCUGUGGUCAAGGUUAGUGUGAAACAGACUCAGCUACUGUUCUUCUGUGUUUAUUAAAUAUAACAAUGGAAAUUUGGCAAUUAUUGCAAUGCAAUUCUACUUUUGAGAGAUAGAAAUUUGGCAAAUAUGAGAAUUUUGUGUUUAUUACAUUUACACUACUCCACUUGUGUUUUCUUAUACAUACAGUACAUUUUGAAAACUCUUCACUAAUUUACAUCCCUCGAAAGUAGAAUUGAAUGCAUGAUGCAAGGGAAACUGCAUCGUGCAACGCAGCCUUUAAAGUGUACAUGCAGCCGUUGGGGAUUUUACAUAUUUGUGAUAUUCAGUGCAUUCCAAGACGAAAUGCAAUAUACUGUCGUUGAGAAAACUUCAUCUUCAUGGUGUUUUUAUACUGUUAACGUCACUGGCAUUUUUGAGGCAAGAAACAAAAGGAUUUGCCUUAUUUGACGUCACUUCCUGUGUCAUUUACAGUCAAAAAGACCAUGAAGAUGAAGUUUUUCUCAACGACAAUUUAUUGCAUUUUGUCUUAGUAAAAUAUGUAAAAUCCCAAUGGCUGCAUGUGCACUUUAAUGAAAUAUUUGUAAACGUUCAUUUCUGAAAACCAUGUGUGGGUAUGACCACACAUUUUUAUAGGUGUGGUCACAUGUUUUUGAGCAUGGCCUCAAUUUUUGUUGUUGAAUUGUGGUCUGUAUUUCUUGAUAAUUAUAUGGCAAUAUUUUUUUCACUUUUUUAAGUGUUUGGUUCAUUUUAUAGCCAUCUUUACCGUCUUCAUAUUUAAAUGGUUACAAAAACAUUGCAUAUUUAUGUACAUUUCAAUUCAGCCAUAUUCAGGCAUAUUCUAUAUAUUAUCGAUGGGAAAAGUGUGAAAACAAAUACCAUAACUAAAGUAAACAGCAGAUGACAGCGAUUAAGAAAGAUUACUCCUAAAUUUUGGGCGUCCACUUUCAUGUUGAAAGGGUCCCAGGACGCCCAGAUGCCCUUCUGGCCAAAAGCCUGCUCAGGGAACAUGUGCCAUACAAAAUGUUUCUAAAUUUAUUGAGGAAACAUUUUUGCCUUCUGGGAAAACCAAAUUUUGUUUUCCCAAUGAUGUUUCUAGAAGUGGAAAAAACAAUUUUCUUGUGCAAAAGCUGUCAAAUAUUGUGACAAAUAAACUAUAGGUAUAUUCCCGUCUUCACUCUUGAUUUCAGUUUUCUUGACUAUAACGUAAUAUGUAUGGUUUCUUUAUGUUUGUGAUGUUACUCUGAGUGUAUAUCCACACCGGGCGAGCUUGAAAAAUAUGCCCGGCUAGUAUUCCGAAGGUCGUAGGUUGGAUUCCCACCGUGGCCGGGCAUAUUUUUCAAGCUCGCCCGGUGUGGAUAUACACUCAGAGUAACAUCACAAACAUCCUAAUUAUUCACCUGAGUACACAACACCAACACAGAAAAAAUCAUAUUACUAGAUUACAUUGGUAUCGAAGGAACUAGAUUCUGUUCCGAAAUAUCACUUACUCGAACCGACCUGACCGCGUAGCUCAGUUGGCAGAGCAUAAUGGGCUAGUAUUCCAAAGGUCGUAGGUUCGAUUCCCACCGUGGCCAGGCAUAUUUUUCAAGCUCGCCCGGUGUGGAUAUACACUCAGAGUAAUGUCGCAAGCAUCAUAAUUAUUCACCUGAGUACACAUGCAACACCAACACAGAAAAAAUCAUGUAUGGUUUCAUUUGGACCAAUAAACCAGAAACAUUAAAAAGAACAAACAUAGAAGAUCAAGAAUCAGCAAACACAUUCACUGAACAUGAUGAUGCUUUGUUUGAGGUGGUGAUAUCACCUGAGGAAACUACUGCCAGUUUGCCAUCUUCACCUUUUGUUUUUGAGAAAAAGAAAAACAGAAUGUUUUUUCGGGAUUUUAAGUUACCAGAAAAGGUAGGCUUGAAUUCACAUGAUUAAAUUCGCUGAUUGCGAUCAUGCAUACACCAAGAUUACGAUCGCUGAUUACGAUCAUACACGUCACACACAAAGAAAGAAAAACUCUUACAAAGUGCUGAAAGACCACCUCGUUUAGUUAAAUUAAAGAUAAUUAUUGUGUGGAAUGAAAACUUCACAGUAUUUGUUGCAGUAAUUGAAGACCUUUUAGUGUAAAAUUGUAUUUUGUAGUUUUCUCCAUCUGUAACCAGUGCAUUAGAAAACAAAUCCUUGAUCGGAAACACACGAAACGAAUUUGUGAGAGAUAUCUGUUCCAAUAUUUCAUCGAAUGGAGUUUAUUUUCUCAACAAUGCCGAAAGAAAACAAGUUGCAGCAGCAAUAGUGAGCCAGUACCCUCAUCUAAAAGAUCCUAUUGGCAGUGGUUUGGUAUUUCACAUUAAUAUUGUACAUCUGUGUGUCUAACGCCCGUAUUCUAAAAGCACACUCACACUCAAUGAGUGGACGUUCAAUAUGAGCUCCCCUUGAGUCUCAAGCCACCGAGUAAGGUAUGACACUAGCCCUCCAGCUAUUCAAAAACAGCAUUAACACUCAAGAGAAGCUCAGAUUGAACAUCAACUCAUUGAGUGUGAGAUUUUAGAAUACAGGCGUAAAUACUGUACAGAGGUCACAAAUGUAGGGGUAUUCUUGGGUUUCAUAUGAUGUCAUAGACUUCAGUGGGGAUCAACUCUAAAUCGAAAUACAGUCAUUUGAGUGAGUUAGUUGUUCACUGUAUCUGUUGGCCUUGUACUUGGUAGGAAAUAAUAUGUACAAUUUCUUACAUUUGCAUACUCCUGUGCAACAUAUGCGUAGAUACAUUUGAGGUUGUCGCCUACUCAAUUCACUAUAAUGAACCCAAGAAUAGGACUGAGCCCCAUCCCUGUUUGGCAAACUUGCCCGAUUAAUAGAUGUAACUAAAUGAAUCAUGGAUCCUAUUGUUCAUGUUUUGGACUCUGUAUCGAGAAUCACACAAUCCCGUCGUGUGCAUUGGUGGGGACUUCCGGACUUGUGUUAGUUUUAUAGCUACAGUGGCAUUUGAAAUUGACAAUAACUAAUAUUCUUUUUAUUUUUAAGGGCUCAUGGGAACAAGCCAUAAAAAACCGAUUUAAACACGUGAGAAAAUAUGAUGCUAAGAAAAGAAGGCUGGCGGUUCCUUUGGAAUCCGAGUUUACAACUAUGAAAACUGAAACACAGGUGGUAAAGCGGACGAAGCGGGGUGAUUUUUGGAACGAAAUCCCUGUCGUUUCCAUGGAAAUGGAGUGUUUAGUCAAUGAACACCUGGCUGAAAUUCAAAAAGAAUGCGCACGUCCUUCUCACUCUCAAGAUGUUGGAAAAAUAAAACAACUGAUGACUUCAACUUACAAGCACAGAAGAUCAGAAAUAUUAAUGAAAUCCAUUCCAGUUAGGGAAAUUAUACAACAAUAUCCACCUCUUGCCACUGUCAAUGGGGUAAGUUUUUGCAAAUAAAACAAGGAAGAUAUUUCCUCAAAGGAGAAGGCUUCUGCAGAAAAAACAUAUUCAUGUAUAGGGCUCUCGGAAGUGCCCUCAUUGUUCAUGGGCCAAUUGUUUGAUUAAGCUGGGUGACAUAAGUCUGGCUAAGUUUAAACCUGAAACCCUUUUAUGUAAACUUCAUUAUAUUUCUUUACAAACAUUGCCUGGAUCAAUGAAAGUUAUCUUUUCUAAAGCUUAAGUUAUACAUUUUGAAAUGUUGAAGAGAAAUAAAUGUUGAAGUACACAAACAAAAUCAUGCAGUAGGUUAAAUUCUAACCCUGCAGGAUAAGCGCUAACCUAGCAUGACACUUGUCAAUGUCAACAUAUUCUCUCGCCAAAGCCCAGUCCUGUCGGACUUUCAACCAAAAGUUGGUGUUUUGGUUCGUAUUUUCAUUUACUGUGUUUGUUUCCACUAUAGUGCAAUUUCAUUUGUGUUUAAAUACUUUUCCGCCAUUUUCUUUGUUUUGGGAAAAUAUUAAUUGUACUGCAGUACAAUUAAUGAAAUAAUUGUACUCCUCUCAACCAAUCAGCAUCCAGUAAUUUUGUCAUGCUUAUAGUAAAGUUGGUUAUUUAACAUAAGCCGUUAUUUUAAAAUUGCGGCUUAUACUUUUUUAUGGUCCUGUGCUUUGAUUAGCAUCUAUUGAAUAUCAAAAAUUUGAUGAUAGUUAUAUUAAUUUGUAAGAAUCUGUACUCAAAUAAAUCUUAACAAAUUGUUUAGAUCCGUCAUGAAUUUGUCCGGAUAAUAAAGGAUGAGAAUAUCAUACAGGACAUAAAAGACAGAUUUUUAAAGUACAGUGGUGCAAUCAUUAACUACUGCAAAAAUCUUUCACGAAAGCCUACAGUCGUCACUAACUUGCUACGUUUGCUGCAAGAGGCAAAGACAAAAGAAGCCAUCCCAGCUGAAAGUAUGUAUUUAUAUUUUGUUAAAUCAUUAUACUGCCAUACCCUUUCGAUAACUUUGUCACGAUUACGUUUAAGUUUUUAGCCUUAAAACAAAAACGUAAUUGUGACGUAAUUAUCGAAAGGGUCCAUCGAAAUUCAGAUUGAGUUUCCAUGGGUGAAGCUAUGUCUUUAAAGGAGCAGUGUCACCGUCUGCGCAUCUUUUCUGUGUAUAUCAGGAAAAGGUUUAAUAAUUGUUGACAAUCGCUCAUGCUGCACUGUAGUUGAUAUCGUCGCAGACACUUAAAUUGAUGUACAAUGCUAUUAUGCAGCCCUACAUUGAUUACUGCAGCCGUCUCUGGGACAACUGUGGAAUAGGCCUCUAGGACUGGUUGCAGAAAUUUCAAAAUCGGGCUGCAAGAGUAAUUUCUAGUGCGACUUACGAUGUUCGGUCGGUUGAUUUACUUGAAAGUCUGGGUUGGAAACACCUAGAACUAAGGCGAAAUUAUCUAAAAUCUGUUUUUAUGUAUAAAAUUCUGAAUAACCACACCGCACCAAAUCUAAGAACAUCCUUUCGAUUGAAUAAUGAAUGUGAUAAUACCAAUGAUCUUAGAAAUAGAGAAACCGAUUUGUCUCUUCCUAAACCAAAUACCGAUUCUGGUAAAAAAUACUUAAAAUAUGACGGAGCGGUAGUAUGGAAUAAUUUACCGCAUGAGGUAAAAGUAGCGGAAUCUUUAAGUUCUUUUCAAAGAACUAUUAAUCAGGCAAACACUUAAAAUUGGCUCGUCCUGUUGCCUACUGUAUAUGUAAUUCUUCUUUCUUUGUUUUUGUAUUUUUAAUGUUUAUCUGUACAGUAUAGUAUAUUUUCUCCAAAUCACGCCCCUCAUGGAAAUCAGCUCCGAGUUGUCGAGGCCAGCGUGCUUAAAUACAAUUUUUUUUUGUAUGCAUGUAGUUGAAGUGCAUGCACAUGCAACCAUUGGGGAUUUUACAUAUUUGUAAUGUUCAGUACAUUCCAAUGGACCUUUCCCCUUAUUACGUUUUUGUAGUGCUUUGCAUUGUGGUUAUAGUGGUAUCACUGAUAAAGAUAGUGGCCUCGAAUGAAAAUAUUGAAUGUUUUCGCGAAUAUUUUGCUGUUGGCUAUAGCGCACCUGACCCUAGCUUUUUUUAAAAGUUCUUGCACAGGUCAGGACAAAAAAUAAACCAUCUUGAAUAUCAGUGAUACCACUAUAACCACAAUGCAAAGUGCUACGAAAACGUAAUAAGGGGAAUCAUCUAUUGCAAGUCUUGCUUAUUGUGGUCGAAAAAUAUUUGAAGCUUUGCUUAUGUUAGUACGGAAAAUUUUUUGACAACACCCCCCUCCCCCCGUCGACAACAUUUUCAGGAAACACUUCUACUACUUGGUCAAAAUUCUAGGAAAAGUUGGUCAAAACAUGACGCCCCCAAUGUUGAUGUCUUCACGACGUCCCUGUGCACCCUAGACUAUAUUUGAUAAAUAUUUAUGCAAUAUAUUUUCUUUGAGAAAAACUGCAUCUUCAUGGUCUUUUUGGCUGUUAAAAUCACAGGAAGUGACGUCAAAUAAGGCAUUUUUAUGGCAAGAAACAAGGAAACCGAUUUGCCUUAUUUGACGUCACUUCCUGUGACUUUAACAGCAAAAACGACCAUGAAGAUGAAGUUUUUCUCAAAGGAAAUAUAUUGCGUUUUGUCUUAGAAUCAUAGAAUGAACAGAAUAUCACAAAUAUGUAAAAUCCCCAAUGGUUGUAUGAUUGUGCACUUUAAAACCAAAGAGGGAUGAUGAUAGAUGCUAAAAAGAUUGGGUUCACUGUCCUGUAUCACCAAACUUGGAAAACUACAGCCUUAGUUUUUCAAGUUGGCAUGCUUAGAAAACACACGCAGUCGGUGAUAACUGCUCCUUUCACAUCUGUCAUCAUUCGUUGGCCCAAAACUAAGCGAAUUAAUAAUACAUUUAAGCGAUUUUAGACAAUUUCUGAAGUAUUUUUGUUAUGCGCAGAAAAGAUGCGCAAAUGGCGACACUGUACCUUUAAAGUGGCUACAUGCAGUUUCACGAAACAUGGUAUUGACUGCAUGUUUCCUGCAUGUAGCGAUUGGAUGUGGGUUUGCAUAUACCGCUUACGAACACCUUUGCACGUUAGCAAGUAGUAUAAAAAAUUCUUUAAACUUUAUCUGACACUUGGUCAAAUUCAUAUUAUAUUUAGGUCUCGAAAGUGUGUUCUCCUUCGUGGUUUUGCCAGAGUUACUGAAGAUAAAGAAUAGAAAACCGGCAAGUUCCAUUAUUGUGAACAUAGAUGUAAGUAACUCGUUUUUGAAUCAUGAAUUUUUUCGAAAUUUGUAUUAUUUUCUUUUUAAAAUUAUAUCAACUAACCUACUAUUUUUUUACACGGAAAUACCAAAUUUGCUUGAAUUUGUACUCUUUUUAUAGGAAGACGAAGACCACACCAGCUACAUCAAGGCGGUUACCUUCCCAGUGCUAAUUAACAUUGGAGAGAGUCCAUUUGAAACUGCAAAAAAGAUCAUUUGCGUGGAAGGAAUGAAGCUUGUGGAC